GGUUGUUGCGCCUGUCUUCCCGCAAUGACCUCAUAUCUCAUGCUUUCGUCCGGGAGAUCUCCACGACCAACAAGCCCCUGCGCCCUCUGAUUACGACAACAACAAGCGGGACCACUUACCUCUUGCCACCAGAUUUACCUCGGUUGUGUCUGAGCACCAAUCAUCGACAAAGACAGAUCGAACAACAACCUCAACCAAAAGACGCCAGCUUGAGAAUGCACGAUCCCUGGGAGGAAGUCUCCCAUCCCCGAGAAGCCAAGGAGCAUUUUGUUCAGUAUCUCAAGAAUGAGGUGUCUCAUCUCAACUUUUAUCGAUUGCACAUGCUCUAUUUCCUAGUCACCAUUCUCAUCUCAUCUGUCAUUGUCUACGGCGAAGGUUUGGCCAAUGGCGCUAAGCAGGUGGACGGAAAAGAGCUUAGGUAUGUUGAUGCGCUGUUUCUAUGCUGUAGCGCAAUGACAACGACAGGGCUUAAUUCUGUCAACUUAGGGGACCUGACGGCGUUUCAACAGGCUGUCCUUGCUGUAUUACUACUUAUCGGCAACGUAAUAUUCAUUUCAACGUUUGUUGUCAUUGUACGCCGACACUUUUUCCGCCGCAAACUGGCCGAUAUCGUGCAGCACUCACGGUCUGGCCGAAAAGUUGUUGAGGACCUCGAACAGCAGGAAGUUGGCCACGGUCAUCAUGGUAGUGGGCUACGCAAGCGGGCCACCCCUAAUGGCCAACACAUGACUGUGGAAAAGAAGUGCGGGAGAAAGGUCCCCCUAGAAGAAACAGAAAAGCCAAUCAGACGGCGUCAUUAUCACCACUCUGCCGGAUACGGAGCUUUUCCAUGGCCAUGGGAAACGCACACCUUCCAACACCUCAUCCGACGCCCUUUCCAUAAGCUCCACAAAGAGUGGCAAGUUCAAGAGCGCUCCUACAUAUCCUUCGAGCCCGAUCUCGAUGAGCGAGGGCGCUUCAGGAACCUUAAAGAACACGAAAGAGAAGAAUUAGGCGGCGUGGAAUAUCGCGCAUUAGAAACUCUUUUCUGGAUCCUAAUUGCUUUCCAACUGUUCUGGCUAGCGCUCGGAACCGCCUUCCUGGUCCCCUACUCCUACCGCAGCGACAUAAAAACCAUCAUCACUUCAUCCCAACCGGGCGACCUCAACCCAGGCUGGUUCGGUUUCUUCGCCGUCGUAACAAGCUUCGCCAACGGUGGCCUCAAUGUCCUAAAUGUCAACUACGUCCCCUUCCAACGGCACUACCUGCUCUUGAUAGUCAGCGGCGCUCUCACCGUCGUCGGAAACACGCAAUUCCCCAUCCUCCUCCGCCUCAUCAUCUACGCCCUCUCAAAAGCUUCGCCUAAAGCCUCUUGCCUCCGCCAAACCGCCCUCUUCCUCCUCCACUAUCCCCGCCGCUGCUUCAUCUACCUCUUCCCCUCCAAGGAAACCUGGUACCUGCUCGCGAUCCAAGUCGCCAUCGACACAACAAUGUGGGUUCUUUUCGAGCUCCUCAACCUCGGCCUCCCCGCCGUAAUGGCCCUGCCCCCCGGCACCCGCGCCGUCGACGGCCUCUUCCAGGCUACCGGCCUCCGCACUAGUGGCGCGUAUAUCAUCAGCAUAAGCAGCCUAGCCCCGGCGCUUCUGGUCGCUUAUCUCGUCACGAUGUAUAUCUCGUCGUUCCCGGUCGUGAUGGCGCUGCGCCAGACCAACACGUACGAGGAGCGCAGUAUCGGGCUCGACCGAGAUUCUGUGCACAGCGCGGGCAGCGCAGACAGCAGCAGUGGCAGCGGCGGCGGAGGCAGCGGGAGCGGUGCCCAGCUAGGCCCACACAUCCGCCGCCAGCUCGCCUACGACAUCUGGUUCCAGCUGCUGGCCUGGGGCGUGAUCUGCACGAUUGAGCGGGCCAAGCUCGACAGCAAUGCGCCGGGCUUCUCCAUCUUCAGCAUACUCUUCGAGAUUGUCUCGGCUUACGGCACAGUGGGCCUGAGCACAGGCGUGCCCUCCGACAGCUACAGCCUGAGCGGCGCGUUCGAUACGGGGAGUAAGCUGGUCAUGGCGGCUGUGAUGCUAAGGGGCCGGCAUAGGGGCUUGCCGCUGGCGAUUGACCGGAGCAUCUUGUUGCCGGGGGAGGACCUGAUGCAUCGGCUGGACAGGGAGUACGGCGAGCAUGGGGGGUGGGUGAAUGAGGAGGAGCGGGAGGAACGGGAGAAAUUGACGGAGCGGGAGAUUAGAAAGCGCGAGAUGGAUGGUGGAAGGGAAGACGAGAGAGGGGAGGAUGGGGUGCCACAUGUUGAAUUGUUGAGUUGAUGGUCUCUAUUUCUAAAUAUGGGGAUGCGGGAUGUCUCGCUAUAUGAUGGA